AUGGGUUUAUUUUCGCACGACGAGAAACCUCCACCGCCCUCAUACGAGAUGGCCACUUCCCAACAAUCAACACUAGGAGUACAAGAUACACAAUCAACAACCAGAAGAUCUCCCUCUCCAGCUCGUCCUCCUCCCCCACAACAAUCAAACCUCGCAUUCCGCUUCCCCCAGGCAUUCGGCUUCUACGCCGCCAGCUCCUUCUCCGGCGAUCUUUUCCUCGCCCGAGGGAAAGACGACCCUAACCCCCUCUACUACAUCAGCACCCACACCGGCUUCUCCUCCCAGCCCUCCGUAAUCCUGCACUCUAGCCGCGACCCCAACUCCCCCCCUUUCGCAACAGCAGACUUCCACUCCUUCUCCAGCACCAUCGACCUCACCCUCUUCAUCGGCAUCCCGCCCGGCUCGCAACCACAAACCACACCCCUCGAAUCAACCGGCAUGAUGUCCUCGUCGCGGAUGUUCCAGGCGCCUAUCCCGUCUACGGGUCAGCUCGAGACGUUUGAAUGGAAGGGCAGUUCGGGACCGGAGGUGCAGAUGUUGGAGGGGAGGAGUCAUUGGAAGAAGUGCGUGAGGGUUAGUACCGGGGAGGUGGUGGCGGUGUUUACGCAUCCGGGUAUGAGUCUUGAGAAGAGGGGGAAGAUGGCGUUUAUUGGGGACAGGGCGAAUUUGGGGGAGGCGUUUGAGGUGCUGGCUGUUAUGGGGGUGGUUGCUGCGGAGGAGAAGGAGAGGAGGUCGCGGCAGCAGAGGAAUCAUCAUAAUGGGGUGAAUAAUGUCCAUAGGUUUUAA